CGCCCCUUGGCCGCCAUGGCGCCCGUGUCGCGCUCCCGCUCCCCGCCCGCCGCCAGCCCCGAGCGCCGCACCCGCCGAUCCCGAUCCCGGUCCCGGUCCCGCGAGCGCAACGGCCCGAGGCGCCCGAGCCACUGGCGGAGCCGCAGCCGGUCGCGGUCGCGCAGCCCCGGCCCGCCGCGCUCCGCCGCGCACCACGGGCACCACCACCACGGCAAGGGCUGGCCCGAGUACUACGAGAAGGAGAAGGAGGAGAUCCUACGGCAGAGGAGACUCAAUGAGAGAGAGAGAAUUGGAGAGCUGGGGGCUCCUGAAGUCUGGGGGCUGUCACCAAAGGUUCCUGACCCUGAUUCUGAUGAGCAUACACCGGUAGAAGAUGAAGAGGCCAAAUCGAAGAGUAGUUCUUCAGAUUCCAGCUCAGAAGAGGAAAAGAAGAAAAAGAAGAAGAAAAGAAAGAAGAAAAAACGUAAGGCAUCCAAAAGAAAGCGCAGAAAACAUUCUGAGGACAGCGACAGUGAGUCGGAGUCUGAGCAGAACUCCAGUGAUGAAGAUAAAAAGAAAAGCAAGAAGAGGAAAAAGAAGAGCAAAAAGAAGAAGUACAAGAAAAAGAAAAAUAAGAAGAGCAGGAAGGAAUCCAGUGAUUCCAGUAGCGAAGAUUCCGAUGAUGAAACAGUUCAAGGGGAUGAUCUCUGGAUUGAAAGAUCAAAAAAUACCGAAGCCGAUAGCUUGAUUGGACCAGAGGCUCCCAAAACUCAUGCGUCUCAGGAUGACAGGCCUUUGAACUAUGGACACGCCCUCCUGCCGGGUGAAGGUGCAGCAAUGGCAGAGUAUGUAAAAGCAGGAAAACGUAUUCCCCGGAGAGGCGAGAUCGGUUUAACCAGUGAAGAGAUCGCGUCAUUUGAGAGCUCCGGUUACGUCAUGAGUGGCAGCAGGCAUCGGCGCAUGGAAGCCGUGCGUCUGCGCAAAGAGAACCAGAUCUACAGCGCAGACGAGAAGAGAGCCCUGGCCUCCUUCAACCAAGAGGAGAGGAGGAAACGAGAGAACAAGAUCCUCGCAAGCUUUCGAGAGAUGGUCUACAGAAAGACUAAGGGCAAAGAGGAGAAAUAAUGCUUUGUUUGAGCUGUGCACCACAGAUUGUACCACGCAGCAGCUGACCUGUUCCAGUCGUGAUUUGAAAAAUGCUGCAGGUGCUGCAGUGCCUUUCACCCAACAGGGCUGGGCCCCAGGAGUGGAUUACUUCUGUCAAGAAAACAGAGUUACUUUCAUCAGAUUCUCUAGGGUGAUUUGUUCACCAUCUACAAGGAAUCCCUGUAAAGUGAAAGGCUACAAGGCAGGGAAGGCAGGAACAGACAGGAAGAUUAGAGGUGUCGAUGUUCUGUGCUUGCUUUGAAUCAGACAAGCAGGAGGAUCCCAUGGGAAGAGCUUUGUUACAUAAUACCAAUGUGUCAUUUUUUUUUAUUCCAUUUAUUUUGAUUUUUCAUAGAAUCAUUUAGCUUGGAAAAGACAGUGAACAAGCUACUACUAACAGCAGCAAAAAUGAAGGAACUCCUGAGUUCUUGUUUAAGAUCUGGGACUGUCUACUAUUUCUUCAGAAGUCUUUUAGAUUUAGGUUUUUCUCAAAACAGUGAAGUUUGGUUUGUGGUUCAAACUAGACUUGUAAAUAUUCUGUAAAUGAGUUUGUAAUUUAAUACAGAUGGGCUUCAGUUACUUUAAAGCAAGCAGAUUGCAAUUGGGAUGUAAAGUAACAGUAAUAGGAGGGUCUGCUCUUCACUGAAAUCUGUGGUGAAGAACAAAGUUGCUUGCUUCUUUUUCUCCUAUGUUAUACAUAGGCAUCAGAGCAGUGGGCUGCAGUGAUUGGAACCCCUGGAUGUAUACAGGUGGCAACAAGGAUGUGUCUUUCAAUUUAUUUGAAAUGUUUAUGUCUAUGAAAGUGCUCUAGAAUAAAACCUUAUUUUAACUCC